AUGGUAGAAAUGGAAGGAAAAUUUGUAAAUUCAAUGGGUCCAUUUGAUAUUUGUCAAAAAUUACAUCAACAGCAAAGAACUAAACAAAAUGAUUGUGGUUUUUUAUUAGAAUGUGAAUCACAUAGUCAAAUAGUGCAUAAAUGUGUAUUACGUGCUGUCUCAACAAAAAUUGAUCAAUUCUGUAUGGCAGAAGAAGAAAAUGUAGAAUGUUCAACUGAUAAUAUUAAUAUAAAUUGUUAUGAUAACAUUAAUAAUAAUAAUAAUAAUAAUAAUAAUAAUAAUAAUAAUAAUAAUAAUCACGUUAGUAACACAGUAAAACAAUCAAAGAAUUCAUUUUAUUUAGGUCGUAUAUCUGCGAAAACAUUGGAUACUUUUGUAAAAUAUAUUUAUCAAUCAGAGAUUACAAUUGAUGAUCUAACUGUAAUUGAAUUGUACAAUGUUGGUGUUUUAUUAAACAUACAAUUUAUUCAAGAUGCAUGUAUUAACUAUUUGAAAACAAGUUUAAAUGAGAAUAAUUGUUUAAUAUUCAUGAGACAAAAUAAUAAUGUAAAUAAUUGUGAAGCAAAUCAGUUAACUAAUGAAUGUAUUAAACAUGCAGCAAAACAUUUUGACAAAAUGUUAGAUAAUCAUGAGACUAUGAACAUUGAACCUAAAGAACUAUUAGCAAUACUAGAACAAGAUGACUUCAAAGUUCAAGAUGAAUGGAAACUUCUGGAAUUUAUACAUAUAUGGAUUAAAAAGGAUUAUGACAAUCGUCACACAUAUAAAGAACAACUAUGUGAGCAUAUACGUUUUCAAUUGAUAGACACAAUGAAGUUACUUGAUAUAUUAGAAAAUCAAGAGAUGAAUAUAUUUCAUUCAUAUGUAAAAAACGCGCUUAUUGAUUUAGGUCAGUUAUCAAGGUCAGUAGCAAUAGCCAAAUGGAAUCGUAAAGUUAGUAAGUCAAAUCAUUCUAUAGACAAAGAGUCGACGUUGACUAAUCUACCGGUAUGCGAUUUGAAUAGUGACUCGCCAAAACAAACUACAGAAAAUACAUCUUUGAUAUGCUUUGGUGGACGAUUAUGUAACAAAAGUUUCUCAUCAAAUAUAACAUGUUAUAAAAUUUUUGAAAUGAGAUCAUUUAUUAAUCAGAAUGAAAAUUUAUGCCUGGAUCCAUAUCAAAAUUAUAAUAUUGAUGAAAAUUAUGCAAAUAAUAAUUAUAUGGAAUCAUGUACAUUUCCUUAUUUAAAACAAAUAAUUUUACCAAAUUUAAAAACUAUGCCUUCUUUAAGAAAAGGUUUUGGGGCUAUCAAUUUAAAUGAUAAAAUUUAUCUUGUUGGUGGAAAACCCAAAUGUUCAAUGAAAACAUCUAAUAUUUACGAUAUUUCAUUAGGUUUAUGGUCUAGUGGACCAAAUUUAAAUAUUGGACGAAGUUGGUAUUCAAUUACGGAAUGUGAUGGUGUGAUGUAUGCUAUAGGAGGUGUCGGAGAAGACGAUCAAAAUUUAUCAUCCGUUGAGAUGUUGGACCCACGAGUAAAUAAGUGGGAAUCAUGUUCGUUAAUGUUGAGACCACGAUUUGGUUGUAGCGUUUGCUCUACCAAUAAUGAAAUUAUAGUUGUUGGUGGGGUCAGCGAUUCAACUAUCGAGAUGUAUGAUAUUACGUCAGGAAAAUGGCAGUUUUUAGCGAAAAUGACUGAAGUGUAAGUAUUCACGAUCAUUUUGUUAGCACAAAUCUUAUUAUACCAAAGUAAGAUGAACAAAGUUUUUUCAAAUUGUUUCAUUGUAGAGUUAUUACAGUAGAUCUCUGAAGUAGUAGCUUACUUUAUUUUUCUAAUCAUUAUAUUGCUUUUCGGGUUGUCUUUAGUAGUAAGUUAAAGCUGGAGAACGCUUUAGGUUUAUAACGAUACCAGCCGCCAAACUACUAAACUUUUGAGAGCAGAAAACUCCACAGGACCACAUGCAUCUGGAACAGAAUUUUAUAAUUUAUUCCCAGCUCUGUAAGGUGGAACCUGAUACACAAUUUUUUAGCCUAGUUAAUUAGUCGUGUAAGGCUAGUUAUGGUGUUGGAGACAGUUGUUUCACUCCCCACUUGGUUGAACCCCAUCAGUCAAGCUUUCUCUCUAGAAAGUCUAAAGCUCCAGUGUGUCUAGAGCUAGGAAAUCACCUAACAUAGUUCAUUAUCAUAUUUAAGGGUAAGCAUUUUCUCACUGUUGAUUUUCAGGAAUACAUCUUAUCGAUAUCUGAUAACACGUGGACAUGGUGUGUGAAUACAGCGAUGUUGCCUAUAGCCGUAAAUUGAUUUCAAUCUGCAAAGUUAUUUGUAAUGAAAUAUAUUAACACAGUAAUGCUAACAAUCUUUCCCGAGUUUUAUAAUACAACCUAAAAGACAUAACCCCAAACAUGAUUGCUUCAACAGUGCAAUAUAUUUUGAUUAUGGUGGUACAGAAUAAAUUCCCAUUAACCAUUUUGUAUAUGUUCAUUUGAUGAAGAAUGAGAAUCAUUACAAAUCAUCGUUUUUCACCACAAAUUAAUCAUUUACUGUAGUUUAAUGUCAUCUUUUACCGUUUUAAAUGUGAGAAAGUUAUUAUUCUUUUAAGUUGAAAUCCAUAAUAAUUCGAUAAUGUCCGUAAAGAACGUACUGUAUAUUCACUCAAAGAUACACUCUGUUUGGAUAUGAACCUUAGAAAACCAUAUUUUUAAAACAGAAACUUUAUCAAAACAUAAUUCACUCGGAAAUAAAUAUAUGAUUUAUUGUAUUGCAUUUAGAUAUUUACUUCAAAAUACUGUCCAGAUGAUAAAAUUUUGUUCUUUUUAAAUACAGUCAAUCUGUUAGUCAUCUGGAUAAUUAAUGGUUUGCACAAAAGUUGUCCACUGAUGAAAUGGGUGCUUACAAAUUCAAGUAGUUGGAUGAUAAAAUCAUCAUCAAUAGAUAUGAAGUUUGUCAGGUCAUUUGAUAAGUGUCAAAGUAUUCUCUCUUAAUUCGCUGAAUAACAUAUGAGAUGUUACAUUUAUUAAUCAAAAAAUGGGUAGGUAGUCAGAAAUAUACGUAUUAAAUGACUGGGUUGUAAAGAUUCCUAUGUAUUCUCACAUUUCCUCUACCUUGGUCUCCAUAAACUGAAAAAGUACGAAUAAGGUAUUAUCUGUAUUGUUUUUCUGUUUGGGGUUGUGGAGAUCAUUGAAUUUAAUUCAAAUGUUAGACAACCAUUGAAAAUAUGGAAGCAGUGAACGACCAUUUCGUCCUCGUAUGGGACUCCACAGCACUGCGCAUCCACGAUUCCGUACUCGAGACUCAAACCCAAGACAUCCGGUUUCACGUCUUCGCUUAACCUCAAGGCAUAAACACUAUUCGAUACCGACCAGGUAAUCAGCGAGACCAAAGGUCUUGGGUUUGAAUCUCGAGUACAAAACCAUGGAGGAGCACUGCUGGUGAAUCCCACACUAGGAAAAACGGCCGUCCAGUGCCUCCAGGUUUUUAGUGGUGGUCUAACAUUGGCCGAUUCAUGAUUUCGAUGAAAUAUUAUUUUUGACCAACCUUACUACUUUUAGACUUUUGUAAGUAACCAAAGUCUAAUCUUAUACUGUUUUCAAAUUGCAUUAGACAAAAAGCAUAAAUUCUAAAAAUAUAGACAUAUAGUUUACAACUAUUCUCUGAAUUGAUAGUCUUAUAUGACAAGAAGUACGUUUUCCUCAUCAAAUUUUACGAAAAUGAACCUCGUCUGUAGUUUUGUAUGAACUGCAAAACAAUUGAAAAAUAACUAAAGAGAACUGAUAAGUUAGUUCCUUUUAGAUUAUUUAAAACUCUCAGCUGUAUUGACCCGUAACCUAUGCAUUUGGUAAACCUAAGGCUCACAGGAAUGGUGGAGUAUUUAUCAAUCUUUUAUAUCAAACGUUAAUUAAUUAUUCAUAUUAAAUGAAAGUCAUGUUUUUCUCAGUCUAUUUUAAUUUUGAUAGACAGUUUGGUUAGAACCUAUUUUAUUAAGAUAAAUGUGUGUUUAAUAAUUCAAGUGUAUGGAAGAAUAUAAGAUAAAAAACUGGAAUUAUUACAACCAAGGGUUACGUGUAAAAUUAAAGUCAAAUUAGAUCAAAAGUCAUUAUUUAAACAUGAAUAAUUAAGGAAAUGUUUUAUAUUGUUUCAAUGCUUAAGUUUAGCAAGCAUAUAUAUGCAACAAUUAGAAAUCUUAAACAGAAUUGGAUAAUGGGGUCUAGGAUGCUUGUUUUGUUCUAUUUGAAACUCGUCAACCAAAUAUCUUUGAGCCCGUGUUGAUGUUUACACAUGGACCCGUAUCCAGUUACUCUCACUUUAAACUCCAAAUACUGAAUUUCACCAGCUAUUGGCUCGUGCAACAGCGAUAAAUUUUAAGUCAGUUAUCAAGGGUGCUUUAAUCUUCCCGUCAUUGAUGUUAAGAACUGUAAAUGAUCAGUCUUUCUUGGCAUAAGUACAUCCUAAGAGAAUUGUCUCAGCACUGUCAUUAAGUCAUAAAGGUUUUUAGCAGAGUUAACAAUUGUUGAAACGAAAACAAUAAAGAGAUAUAAUGAUUACGUUUCUAGGUAAAAUUGAAACAGCGUUACCAUCGUGAUAUAAUUCUAAUGAACAAUCGCUAAUAUGAAUAAAAAGUGACAAACUUGUGCUUUGUAAUAAAUUAUUUUUUUACCGCCUACUUGAAAUCAUAAUUAUAGUGAUACUAUAUGUUUUCAUGAAAAUUUUGUAAUCUGUGUCAUUUUCUUUGAGAUUCAUUUACUUAUACCAUACUACACUAAAUAGGCACUAAAACAUAGUUCAAUGUUAAUGGGAAGUAAUUGUUUAAAAUAUUAAUAUUUCUGAUUGGGCUUCAUUUCAUAUUGAUUAUUGAUUAAUAGGUGAUUCACUAAAAUAAGUGAUUGCUGCUGAAGAGACAGAUGUAAUACCAAAUAUCAUAUGGAAAUUACUUCAGGUUUUGAUGAAUGUCGGAGUGAUUAUAGGACAACCAUAAAUUUAAUAGUAUAUUUAUCGGUCAGUUUAUAGGCUGUAUCAUAAUUAUUACGGGUUAUAGAUAAUACAUGUUGCUUACAUGAUGAAUGAAGUUCUAGUUAAACAGUAGUUGUUUAUAAAGAUUUCACGGAAUAUCUGAUCGCAACAUGUAACACUAUUAAGGUUUAAUUUAUUAUCUUGCGAUCAAUUCAUGAUUACAUACGAAUUAUCUUUUAUUGUAACGUCACACAUAUCUACACGUGACUUGCAGACUGAAAUUAAACAAACUAUAAAAUUAGAUCAAUCACUGAGCUCAGAAUGAAGUAUUGUCCACAAGUAAGAUAAACAAUAUAAAUUGAUUUGUGACUGUUUCAUUAAUAAUGUUUAUAUACUGAUGUGAAAUUAUUUCAUUAUAUUGAUAUUUGUCGGAAUUUAUACAGCAUUUUAGUUGCUUCCCGAGUCCAUGUAGCUGUAUAUGUUUAAAUUCGAGAAGUUUUCACAACAAACGCCAUGGCAUUUGAACUGAAUGGUACUGGGUUCCAGUCCCAGAAUGGACAUCAACAUCCGGCUGACGAGUCCCGAAUAUGGCGAAACGCACAUCCUAGAUUUCACUGCUAGCCACCAUACAUAUUUGUUUACAAUGCUUGAGACACAUUUUUUUGUCUUUAUUUCUCGUCGUUAUGUGGCGAAAAUGACUCUUGUAUCUAACAAAUACUGUAUAUAAUUCAUUCAAGUUAAGGUAUGCAGAGAUUAACGAAUUUUAUAGUUUACAACAUCAUCAUCAUCAAUACUUACUAUUAUUCUUGUUUCCAUGCGUUUUAGACGUGAAGCUUCAAGUGUUUUUGUUCAUAAUGAUUGUGUAUACGUAUGCGGUGGAGCUAAUGAAACUGGUUGUGUAAAUACCACAGAUAUAUUUUCGUUGAAAACUACAAUUUGGAGUAAAGGCAAACCAAUGAUUUUACAUCGGGCAUUUGCUGGUAAUAUAUUUUUACUGUCAAUUAAUAUUAAUCUAAUAUCUCAUUGAAUAAAAUACAAUUUGUUCUUUAAGAACGCAUAAGUUUUACACUGCAAAAUAAUGCUCAACAGUUGCUAACUCUAGGAGUACUAGGUUUUUAGGUCGUUGUACCGAAAUCAAAAAUCUUUUAUGGCAUAUUAUUAUUUGUAUUUAUUGUCUAGAAAAACAUUCGUAAUUAUGCCUUAUUCAGGUUGAAAGUCGUCAGAUGACACCGAAUGAAUUAAACUCGAUUCAUUUUAAUUAUUUACAUUUACUUUUAAUCAAAUUAUCAAAUCAACUGUUUCUUAUGUAAUAACGAUCGGUCAACAAACAAGCCUGAUAUAAAUUGUUUUAUCAUAUAAACUGAAUUAGAAAUAGUUUUUAAUGAGAAAAAUCCUAAAAUGAAGAAUUUUAUAAAAUGUACUGAUUAACUAUGGGUGACCUGGAUAUUCUAAACAUUAAUGUCUAAUCUUUCAUAUGUAUUAAUAUAGUUUGGAGCUUCAUAGUGAUCAUUUCACACUGAAGAUAACAGACUGAUCUGAGUUGAAAAACCAUUAGGAAUCGAGAUGAAUUGAGAGGGACGUUUCAUCCUAACUUGCUACUGAUCAUCAGCACGUGCCUAUGACCUUGAACGAUUUUGUAUUUAGUUUAUCUCAAGAACAGGGAAUAUUAACAACAAGUAGAUUAAAAAGAACUUACUUUUCUAGUUUUGUAGAGAGAUGCUUUGAAGAAAAACCUCAAAUUAGAUUUAUCACUGUUUAGUUUGACAAAUUAAUCAGAAACGACAGAUUAUAACAGUAAAGUUUGUAUCAACAAUUAGUAUUCUGUCUACAAGGUUUCCUAAUUUUUUAAAUGUCAAAUCAAGUAGUGGAGAUUUGUAGUUCAGGUGGAGUUUUGUUCUCUGAGCUAGAUGAUCUGGUCGUGGAGCUUCAGGUAAAAGCC